UGGAUGUGUAUUAACAAAGCACCCGCAAUUUGUCAAAACAACCGCGGGGCCAAGCUCGUCUGAGCCGAAUCCAGAGCUGAAGCCGUGGUUUCGAAAAGGGCGUAUGGGGAACUGCUGACAGCAGGAUCGGAUUGUGAGCGAGAUCGUCACUGCGAUCGACGUCAGUUAUCGAUCGUCAGUUAUCGAUCGUCGCCCCGCCGGCGUCGUCGAUCGGUGGUGUUGUAGACAGUCCAGAUUUCCGUACCAGUCGUCGGUCCAUGGCAUGGUCAGUAGUAUAGUCAGUGCAGUGUCAUCGGCCGGCAGUUAACGAUAGGUUUUCUUCCGUCCAUACAGUACAGGAAGCAGCUGCAGCUUGACGUGAAUUUGGAUGAUUGAUGAAUAGAUAUUGAGCUUCAUCCGUUGUGUCAACCACCAUGCCGUCGGUUCCAGGUGUACUUGGUGUUCCAACAUUUUGCAUCAUAACAGGAGCCAGUAGAGGUUUAGGACGAGAGAUUGCCCUAAGUCUUGGAUCACAACUUGGACCCAACUCCUUAUUGACACUUACUGCAAGAUCCUCGGUCGAUCUUGAAGAAACUCGUAAGCAGGUUGCAGCCCGAGCGCCAGAGGUUUCAGUCAGACUGGUAAGUGGAGACCUGGGUGUGGAAAGCAAGGUUGAGAAGAUCAUCUCAAGUUUAUUUGAAGGAGUCGACGGCACAAAGUAUCAGCACGCCUUGCUCGUUCACAACGCCGGUUCUCUCGGAGACACAUCAAAUGUGGGAAAUCUCAAAGCCACCCCAGAAUCUCUUCAGAGGUACUAUCUGCUGAAUGUAACAUCUUGCAUCAGUUUGAGCUCAAUCUUCUUGAAGACCUUUCCCAAGCGGGAAGGUUUGCGGCGCACUAUCAUAGCGAUCACAAGCCUUUGUGCUUUGCAGGCCACAAAAAGCUUGAGUCUUUAUUGCUCAGGCAAAGCGGCACGCAAUAUGGUCAUGAAGAAUAUUGCAAUUGAAGACCCAGAUGUUAGGGUGCUGAAUUGGGCCCCAGGGGUAUUGAAUACACAGAUGCACCAUGAUCUCAUUGCAAAUGUCCAGGAUGCAGAAAUUAAAGAAAUGAUGAUUUCUGUUGAAAGUACACAGUAUUAUUUGACACCUGCUGCAUCUUGCAAGGUAUUGAUGCAAGUCUUUAGGGAAGAUUCAUUUGAAUCGGGAGCACACAUUGAUGUUUGGGAUGUUGAACAGAAGGAGUAAAGAGGGUUUGUGUUACUGCUCCUAUCAGUAUUAGUCCUGUUCAAACUAGAUUAGCCAAGGGCUGUAUACUCCCCAAGGAGCUGAGAAAAUAUACAAGAAUAUUUCGGGCCCAAUGACUAGGAUGCUAAUGAAAAGCUCAUUGAUACGUUCGCUGUUGUAGAAUGUGCUAUUUAGUAUAAGAACUACAUUGUACAAUGUAUGUGUGUUUUGUUAUUAUUAUUGUUGUUUUCCUCAAAAGGGCACUGAGUUGAUUACUGGUUCAAAUCAAACACUGAGCUAUUUUGACAAUUUGUGAUGCUUUGGGCUAGAAAAGCAUUGCAAUGAAGUAGCUGGAAAUAUGUUUUAAAAGUAGAAUAUAUAACGAUUCACACAAAAGUUCUUAAAGCCAUUGGACACUUUCGGUAAA